CAUGUACCUGCCGGUUCCAGUGACUACGACAGAUUUGCUCCUCUCAUCUUCACUUUACCUGAAUCGUAUCUUUAUUGUUUGCUCAUACCUCGUCGUUGCCUCUGGAUCUCUGUUGUAAAAGAUACCAUGAUGUCUCUAUCUGGUCAGCGGCCACAUCUGUACAGUCAUAAUCUGAUUAGCUUGAUGAAGUUCGCUGGUCAGGAGACUCAGGCUAUGCUACCCGGUAGUCAGUUUACAGGACGCCUGACUAACCGGCUUCUACCGAAGCGCUUUCAGCCUACCGUCAAGGUACCUGAUACCCGGGGCUGUCAUAUCGCCAGUGUGAUCAGAAACCCCUUCAAUGGAUCUAAGUACCUAUGCACUGCAGUGGAGAAAACCAUCAUUGUGAUGGAAUGGUACAAUCCACGCAGUACUUUCAUGGAGGUGAAACGGGUUAGUUGA